AUAAAAGCUUCAGUAUGCAGUCCACCCCCUCCUCCAUGAUGUAAAACUGUAAGUGUGCAGGCACUUAUUGGACAUGAGCUGUGUUUCCUGCACUCCUGAUCCCCACUCAUAGCAUAAAAAAGUCUGAAAGAGGAAGUCCUGCUAAAAGUCUUGCCUGAAUUUAACAGGAAAAAGGCGUUUUCUGAACUGAGAACUCCCAGUUGUGCAUUCAUCUGCCUGUAGGGUGAAACCAGCUGCUGUUAGAAUGAGAUGCAUACACUUUAAGUUACAAAGGAUAGUGGAUUGCUGAAAAAAAGAAGAAAGAAACAAAGUGUUGGCAAGUUAUGCAAGUUCAGAAUGGAAUUUGGAUAAACAACUUCUCUGAAGACUGUAAGGCACCCUGAAGUGUUGCCUGAUAUGACAGCAUGCUACAGUGCAGACCCAGCGAGGAGUUUACAUUUGGACCACGUGCUCUGAAAGAAGCUCUCAUCUCAAACAACCCCAUCCUGAAGGACAUCUACAACAACACUUUCACCAAUACAGAAAAGCACUUCUUGUCUGAGGCCUACAAUCAACAGCACACCCUUUUCAAGCCCGUGUUGAUUCGCACUGCAUUUGACUGGUUCUUGAGUUGUCCUGAAGCUCCAGAAGAUUUUGAAAGCUUCUAUAAAGCCAAAGAGGAAAGAAAAGUAAGAUUAAGCAAGAAGAACAUCUACCUCCAGCCCAUUGGAGUUGAUGAAACUAUACCUUGGGAUUCCCUGAACUUCCUAUUAGGCAGUCUUAAGACCUACUUAGAAGCCUUCUUUCCGGGGACAAGGGUGAAGAUACUGUCAGCUCUGCCUGCAUCCUCCAUACAAACCUGUACCAGAUGCCCCUCUAAUACAAAGAAGCUUCAGCUGCAUACAGAUGGCAUUCUCUUGCACCUCAAGAAGAUAAAGCCCACAGGAGCUUGUUUUGUUGUUGGGCUCCUGCUUCAUGAUAUCUAUCCCUCUGACCACUGGAAUUACACAUUUGGAAAGUCAUUCCCACAGCACGAUGUUUCCGUCUGCAGUUUUUCAAGAAUUUUAACAGACUUCAGUCAGAGUGCUAUAACAGCAUCUGUAUCUACUGCAGAGAAUCAGAUGGCUAAUGAAAAUGAUGUCACCACAAGUGGGUGGAGCCACUCUCCAUCCUUUAGCAUAAAUGAAAUGAUGCAAUGCUGCAAGAUAACUUGUCAUGAAGUUUGUCACCUGUAUCAACUGGGAAACUGUCGCUGGCUGAGCUGUGCAAUGCAGGGAGUGACAAGCAAAGAAGAUCUAUUUCUGCGCCCUCUUCAUCUCUGCCCAAUAUGCCUGAGAAAGUUACACAAUCUGCUUGGAUUCAAACUUAUUGAACGCUACCAGAAACUCCAAAGCUGGGCCUCAGGUGUUUUAUCCUUUACUACGAACAAAACAGCACUGAACAGGUCAGCCUCCAAGGACCCCAUUUCUUCCCAAUCUGACUCAGGAGUGUCCUGUGAGAAUGACUUAGAAUCGCCAAGUCCUGAUCGAUGCAGUCAGGGAUUAUUAUUUGUAUCACAAGAAGAGUGCGAACCAAUAGCUGAGGAGUCCCGGGAAAGUACGGUUACUGCACUGACGCCCACAUCGGUAGACGCUUUCGAGGAGUAUCAAGCAUGGCUGGAGGCCUGCAUUGCUAUGCUAGGAAGAGACGUUUCCACAGAGGAACUUUGUAAGCUCGAUGAUGCUGCAGAUGCUAUGGCUGCAUAUGACAUCAGUACAUUGAGACCUCAUAUGGUACAGAAGACACCCCCUACACAGAGGGAGAAUCAAGGACUCCGUAGGUUCUUAGAGAAAAAAAUACACUCAUUCUGCAAAAUAAUCAACACCAAAAAUUUGCACUGGACAGAUAGGCUAUCACUAGAUACAAUUUCAGAAGAAAAUUAAGCUGGGAUUUUUGGUGCUUGAACACAAGCUUCUUUUUUGGUGUUUGCACUCACAAAAUGAGGUAAAGUGAUUAGACAUCAUGGACGUUGUUACAGAAUGAUUUUUUUGCUUUCAUCACAGCUUCCUCCAUUAACCAGUUUCUGAGUCAUUGUAGAUAUUAGUUAUUUAUACCUGCUCACUGUAGGUAUAGUGCUGUCAGCUGUUUGACCUAUAGAGUUAGUUCUGCUCUGCCUGACAGUAGAAGAUGCGCACUCACAAUCACUGAUUUCUGAUUCAGCUGUCUUUCAUAUAGAGGAUUAGCCUUUAAUCAUGGGGGGGCUGUAUUUGCAGCAGUGAAUUAUACCAUUCUGUAAAUGUCUGCAACCUGCUCAGAAGAGCCUUGUUUUCAAUAAAAAAAACAUAUCUGCUAGAAAUCAGCUUGUUGCUAGAACCUUUUUAACUUCGUUUAUGUGAUUAGAUCACAGAAGGGGAUUCACAGAAUGCUUGCACACAUGGAUUGAAAAAUGCUGUGAAUAAAAAACAAACAAACCAAAAAAAACGGAUAGAUAACUUAGCUAGUAUAUGAUAUUUAGGUAACUAUCUUCUCACAUGUAUAUUAGGUUGCUACUGAUGGGUAAGUAAUUGAAGAAAAACAAAAGUUAAUAUAUUUUCCAUUAUGCUAUACCUAUAUGAAGUGUGUCAGUCUGUGGUAGCAAUCAUGAAUAUAUAUCACAGGUAUUAGAAGCACUCAGCAUUUUGAAUGUGUCUCCCUCAGUUUAUGAGAUGCUACACAGCUCGCAUCUUUUCAGUUUUUAUUUGCAUUUGUCUUGGUUUUCUGAGGCUACAUCAUACAGGUAACCCUGAUUAAAAGGGAGAGAGUAACCAGGUAGGGAUAUUGGUGCUAGACAGUUGCUUGUUGCAGUGCGCUAGCAGGGAAGAACAAGAGAAUGACUGCAUGCCUUAGGUCUUGGUAGGGGGUUGGAUGGGAAGUUUGUGUUACUAAAGGUGAACACACUUCUUACAAUUCUAAUAUUAUAAGUACACAACUUUCACAUCAGAGAGCUGUGGGGGGAGGGGUAGUACUCAUUUUUAUCUGCUCCUCCAUAACCUCAUGCUAAUCCUUCAUAUAUCAGUUUGAAACUCUUACACAUACAUAAAACAUACUAAAUAUAGCACCCCCCCAUUCUUCCUUCAUUAGGCCAGUCAUAAAAUACAGUGCAACAUUUGGAAUGUACUGCUGCAUGCUGCAAACAGUUUGUCGGGCUAGAAAGACUGCAAUGUUUUCUAACUAAAAAACAUUUGGGUUGUUACUGUUGCUACUUUUGGCUUAAAAGAAGGGUUUGUAAUUAGCCUACUAUUUCUUUAUGAAAUAUCAAGUAAGGUAGUUUUACACUCAAGUCCUGCACUCCUGCAGUUCUAAAACUCUUCUGUAUGGUGUUAUACCCACUAGGAACAGAGUUUUCCAAGACAGGUAUUUGAGAUCUGUUGUAAUAGCUAAAUUCAAUGGGGGGGUGUCAAUGGAUCUUAAGUAAAAGAUACCUUUUAAGAAUAUCUUUAACGCUGUUAUAAGAACAGCAGGUGCUGGUCUUGAUAUUAAAGGUUAGUUGCUAAGUGAACCUUAACAGAUGAAUAACUAAGGCCUUUCCUGAAAAUGUCUGCCAGGUAUCUUAAACCUUUGUCCAGGGGUGACAGCCAAAAUUCAGUGCCUUUCUUAGCUACCUAGUGGACAUGCAUUUUCCACUUAAGUUUUCCUUGUCAAUGGCUUCUUUGAGAAAACAGUGCACAUCUGAUGUUGUAAAUCUUCAUUCAUUCCUUACUGAUAGGAUUUUGGUUCCAUCCUUGGAACUGACCCGGCCAAUACACAAGCUCGUGCCAGCCAAAAACUCUCAAACUAAGUCCUACCCAUAGUGCCCCUCAUCUCCUUCUCUUCAGAUUGAGUUUGCCCACCCAGUAUAAGACAGUGGAAAUAAUAGAGAUAGUUGAGGCAAUGUAGGCCUUAUCUGAGUAAAUACCUUAUCAGGCAGACAGGAGUAUAAAUUUCAUCUUGCCACCCUGAGCCUGUACAGCUUUUAUAAGGCAGAGCCACAGUUCUGUUCUCUGACAUAAAGGUUUUGCAGGCUGUGGAAGCCUCUGUAUACCCAAGAAAGGUAUAACUCCACAUGAAGGUAAUAUAUGACUAGAUGUAUUGACUGAUGUCCAUGAAAUUUAACAGUCUAAUCAGAUAAACUGCAUGACUGGCUAGAUGCUCUGGGGAGGUCAUAGCAAAAAAACACUCAUCUAGAUAAUGAAAUAUUUUAGUCCAUAGUAGCCCAUGGUGGGACGAUAGCACCAACUGCACUCUGUGAACAACCUGGGGUUGCAGGAGAUUGAAGGGCAGGCUUCUGAACUGGUAGUGUUUGCUAAGUACUUCCUGUAUUCCUUGGCAAUUUUUAUAUGGGGGUAGGCAUCCCAGAGGGCCAAAGAACAUAUCCAAUCACCAUUUGAUAGGCAAUGAAGGAUAGUUUUCACUGAGCUUAUCUGGGACAUUUCAUUGGUUAUGAACUAGUUUAGACUCUGGGACCUUUUUAUUGACUAUGAACUAGUUUAGGAAAUUGUGGUCUUGAAGGACUUGUUGUCCUUUGGCUUUUUUAGCACCAAAAAUAUUUUUUAAGAGUAAACAGAAUCAACUCAAUGGCUGCAAUUUCUGGAUCAAAUUAACCCACUAGUCCCUUUAUCAGAGUGAGAGACCUGUGGCUUAUUUGUUCCCCACUCAAGGUGAGAAUUGGGUGUUAGGGAGCAGGCUUGUCUGCGGAUCCUAUGGACUGUCUCUUCCCCACCACCAUGGCAGCCUUGUGAAUUUAGCUAUAGCUGCCUUUGGAAGAUGCAUGUGCACUUCAUUGUAUGAGCAUCCUCCCAAGCAAGUGUCAGACCACGUGCAGUACGGGACUUGCUGUACUUUUCAUGUUGUAAAUGUAGUGUGCCUGGCUUUCUACCCCUAGGAUGGGUAAGCCAGCAAAGGCCACUCACUUCCAACUUCCCUUUACUGGUCUCUCCAGCACUCUUGCCAUUAGUCAAACAUGGGCCAUCUGAGUUGCAGUCAGGGCUUUAUCCUUCUGCACUGUGGGGUUGGGUACUAUAAUCAUAAGAAGCAGCCUUGACUUAUGUGGUUUGAUGGGACCUUUUGGAGGGCUCUUUUUGUACAGGAAGUUGGUCACCUCCGGCCCUACUUCCUUUUUUUUUUAAGAGAUGUGGAGUUAGGUAUGGUCUUCAGUUGUGAGAAAACCAUGAAGAAAAUAAUACUGUAAACUCUGGAUAUUAUGCUUCUAUCUGAUUUAACCCCAGUGACAUUUGACCACUCUUCAAAAUGGGGGGGGGUCAAUUUUCCCCUAACUGCCUCCAGAGGGAGGCAACUAGGGAAGCCUUCAGGAGUACUGCUGACUGUCUGUGAGAUGCAUCUUUGCCUACAGAGUUGUUAGUGUCAUUGAGGUGGCCUGGGUUCUGGCCCCUUUGUGCUCCCUCUUGGUGAUUCUGCUGUGUCCCAUGCUAGAAUCAUAUCUGACACUGUGGAGCCUGGAACUUGACUUCCACAGCUGUCAGGGGUUUGCCUUUCUCUUCCACAUUUUUAAGGUGCCUACUGAUCACUUCACUAAACAGAAGAGGUCUUGUAAAGGGGUAUCUAAAAACACCACUUUAGUAUCUUCUACAAAGUCUGUAAGACUGAGCCACAAAUGCUAUCAUACUGUAAUGCUUGGAAACAUUGCUCUGUCCAAAGCUCCAGCCAUGAUGUAAAUGGCAUGGGCUAUGUAGUUCAUUAUGCUGGAGGAAGUGGCUGCCUGGGCCUUGAUCACUUUCUUUUUGGCCCAUCUAGCAACUCCGCUGUUAUCUGGAGCAUUUCAUCAGUGAUUUCUGUCUGGAAAUAGGCUAUAUAGGUUACGUAGCUCAGUAUACUCAAAGAAAAGAUGGAGGACAUGAGUGCCCACUUUCCAAAGUAAUCUGUCACACUGGUUGCCCUGCCUAGUGGACAGAUAGUGUGGAUCUGAAUAGUAGAAGCUCAGAAACAUAACAUAUUGCGAGUACAAUGCCUGAAGAAAUUCUUGUCAUGACUGAACUUGAUACAGUGCAAUGAAGAACUGAUGGUUUGAGAGGUGAGAUGCACUAUAGAAGCUAGAAGAGACAGCGGUCUGCCUAAAGAUGUUCCAAGUGCUGAGCAGAGCUAAUGUCUGCAGCAUAUAGUUGUGAAUGUUACCAAACAUGGAUCACUUCAUAAGAGAUAUACAGUUGUACAGCAUUGUUUAUAAUGUAAAAGAAUACAGUCAGUAAGGCAGAUGAUUUUCUUACAGUUGGCCAUGUUCUAGAGAACUAAAAUCUGUAUUAUUACUUUGUGGACUAUUUAAUGGUAAGAGACUACUGGCUGUUAUGGCAUAUUAGUAUAUAUUGUACUACUGCAUUGUCCCUUCCUAUUGCAUCAUGGGAGUCCAAAGACAAGAAGUGGUGUAUUUCGGCACUAUUUCAUGACAGCAGUUUAAGGACCAGCAUACUGUGCUGCCACAGCUGUUUGAUAGCUACAGAUUAAAGUUCCUGCAUGUACUGCUUUUAUACUGGUACCAUUGUAUUACAGCCUUUUUGAAACCAUGUGCUGGUUUUAUACUGGUACCAUUGUAUUACAGCCUUUUUGAAACCAUGUACUGGUUUUAUACUGGUACCAUUGUAUUACAGCCUUUCUGAAACCAUGUGCUGGUUUUAUACUGGUACCAUUGUAUUACAGCCUUUUUGAAACCAUGUACUGGUUUUAUACUGGUACCAUUGUAUUACAGCCUUUUUGAAACCAUGAUGUAUUUUUCUUAUAACUAGCUCUGACUCAUGUCAGUAGACAGAUAAGCAUAUUUCACAUAUGACAAAGUGAACAAAAGACCACUGGGACUUUCUCGUCCCGAGGAUGAUUCGGCUAUCCCAAUAUGCAUUCAUCCUUUUCUUUUCCACACUGAGAGCCUGUGUUUCUACUUUUCCCGUCCCCUUUUAAUUGUUUGCUGUGUUAUAUUCUAAAACUCAAUGCACCGAUGAAUUACAUGUUGUCAACAUGUCUGUUAGCAGUUCUUUCUUGUCUCUGCCCUGAAAUGCUCCCUUCGGUUAGUAUAUUAUGGUUUGUGCUUCUUCCUGCUCUCUCUUUCAUUUCAAACUCCAUGUUUGCACACAUAUCUUAACACUCCAGGCCACCCAUCUUUAAACUGUCCCCAUUAUUGUCUCAAAUACCUUUUGCAAUCUUUGUUAUUGGUGUCUAUAUCCCCUGUUUAUUUUUCCUGUCAUCUGGACCCCAGAUCGCUGCAUUGUACUCUAGGAAAUGUAUACCCUCUACCAUCCUUGUGUCUAUACUCCUGGCUUGGUAUUCAGAUAUCUUAUUUCUUCCAUCUGCUGUGUUGCCAUAUUUGAAAGAAAUUAUUUUGGUGUGCUAUUAAUUAACAUCUGCAUCUAACUGCUGUUCUACCGCUUCCUCUAAUUUGCUACCAGUUUCUUGAGAAGGUAAGCUGUUUUAAGGUUUUCUACUUAUCAAAGUGUAUCAUAAAUUCACAGGAAGGGUAAGUGCCAGGGCAUGUGUCUGGGGGGGGGGGUGCCAAAUAAAUUGACAGUGUGCAAGUUUUCAAAUAAAUCUUUUCUUUCAAAACUAGCAAAGCAUUAUAAAGUUGCUAUAUAAUAACUUUUUAUUACCUAAGAAAAGGAAUAAGACAAUUUAAAAUCUUCCAAUAAGUGACUGCAAUCAUGAUCACUUAUACACAGUGGGGGUGCCAAAUGGGCACAUCAUCAGGGGGUGCCAGAAUCCCCUGUUACAGCUUUAGUGAAUCCCAUCAAACCUUUUGAAGAUGAAUCCUGUUACAGUUUGAUGUACUUCACACACAAUCCCUUGUAAGCUGCUUCCUGUUACCAGUCUGACUGUGGUAUCAUCUACAAAUACAUCGACCAUGUUCUUCAGACAGUUAGUGGUGUUUGAGAUAAAAAUGCUGAAUAAUGCUUGCUGCUGGAGUAUUUUCAGCAGUAACCUACUUGUCCCUGUAUAUCCAAUGAUAUGCCCCUUUACCAGCACUCUUUGUGUUGUGUAUGUGCCUUUAUGUACAGUGUGUAAAAACAUUGAUAAAUAGGGAGAGAUAACAGCUCUAAUGCAGUGUGUCGUUAACUUACAGUACCUGUCACUGAGCAGAUGCAUCAAGCUCAGGUAUAGUGCUAGGAUCAAGUUUAACAAAAUGAGAUUUCAGCAAGUUUGUUAUCAUACUUUAGGAUUAAGUUCCCGAGUGUAUAUGCCUGCGCACAUUUGUGCAUAUGUUAUUUAGUGAAUAUACUACAUUACUCCCUCUUUCUGUUUUAACCUCAGCAAAGAACAACAUGGCCAUGACCUACAGGCCAUCUUUUAAUACUAUAAGCAUCAGAAUACUUUCUCAAAUGUACGUAUUAUUUGGCUGGAUUUGCCAUUGUUGUUUCUGAACAGCUGAGCUUUAACCACAGGUAUUAUCAUAUUUUGGGUAUCAAUUUGCUUUGGUUUCCCAUAAUAUUGUCAAACAGCAUUAUCAUUUUACUUAACAGUACUCAUUUACUGACAUUUAAGAACUUCCAUUGCUCGUUUUUAGUACAAAUUAUAUUGUCUUUAAUCAAAAACAUACCUUUCUCUCCAUUAUUAAGGCCCUCUAAACAUCAUUUCUUAGGCCCACAUAGAAUGGAACAAUGACCUGGAGAGACUUUUUGUGAGUGCCACCUACCUGAAAUACUGUGGUACCAGCUCCCAUGUCUGUGUCACCACGUGCUCUUGUUUGACUUUGAUCAUUCAUCCCUUGCUGGUUUGUCAUCCUUCUCAGUGUCUGAAAUUGUUUGGUCAUCUCCACUGGAAGUGCUGUUUGUCAUUCAUCUUUCUUUGACAGAAGGUCUGGUCAGACAUUCACUUUGUGUUGGCAUGACUUUGAGUUUUCUUUGUACAGGAAGAGUUUAGAGGCUGGCCAUCAUCGGUUCCAUGGCAUUUCUGUGCUCAGUGACUGUUUCUACAAAACCUGUCUAUUCACUAGUUCUACACCAUCUGGCUGAUUUUAACUGGUCUGUAGCUUCUCAAUGUACCCUGUUCCAUAUCAACAGCAAAAGUGGGCCUGUCCCUUGAAAUAACUCGCUCCAUUUAGCAUUUUUCAAUUUUAUAAUCCCUGGCCAAGAACUAGAAUUCAGUACAAAGUUUUACAAUGGUCACUCAUUCAUAUGCUGAAACUGUGUGAAUCUAUGCAAAUCUGGCUUUAGUAAUGCCGAUGUAAAAAGAACAUUGAUAUAUAUGAAUAGAUUUGUCAGUGUAGUACAGGUCACUAUGUUGCGUGAAAAUAAAUUUAAUCUGCUUUAUGCUGCAUGGGGUUUACAUCAAGCCUCAUAUUUUUCACAGUCUUCAUAGAAAGUUAUAUAAAUUAUAGUGGCUGCCUCUGUUAAUGAAUGGCUUGGGAUGCUCUGGACACCAAUAUUUUAUUAAACAUUUAACUUCUUAGUAAAGUAUAUUAUAGUUUUUGUAUCUUUCAUUUUUACCUUGGGAUCAGGGCAUUAGGCAUUGCUCUAACCUUGUAAACAGGUUCAUAGAUUAUUAUGUUACUAUGUUAACUGCCCUUGUGGAUCAUUUUAAGCUAGCCAAUUACCUCAUGUGAGACCCAAACCCUGCACCUUGGGUCUGUAAGGUAAACAUCUUAACCAUUAUGUCAACCUCUCACCCCAAAACUGCGGGCAUUUGGUUUUCAAUUCAGUCUUUGCAUUUCUACCUUUAAGAAUUUUCAUUUACUAUUAAAACUGUCAUGUCUUUUAUCACCCAUGGCAAAAUUUCAUCUGUGACAAGUUUGUUAGCAAUCUUAGCUGCCUCCUUCAGUAUUUUUCAACAGAACACCAUUGUAGGUCAGUGUUUAUAACCCAUAAACAAUGCUUUCUGCUCUACAUUAUAUGCAGGUAAUUGUAAAUUCUGCCUUUUACCUUUGUAUUUAAGAAGUACAGUUAUUUUACCUCUUGGAGAGACAUUUGCUCUGAUAAGUGUGUGUUUAUUUUGUGUUGUUUUGCUACAGUUUUUAACUGAACAUCACUGCACAGUUACAAUGGAGGCCUAGGGAGAAAUGUUCACUUUUUACAGAAAAUGCAAUGUAACCAAAACCAUAACAAUUGGAUAAGUGACAGCCAAGCUGUCAUAACACUGUUUUGUAUACAUGACAGAUUAUACUACUCCCUAACUCUUGUGACUCUUAGGUAAACAGAAUUCUAAUUGUCAUUAAUCAGCAUUAUGUAUUAGAUGCAAAUAUAUAUACAUUGUACAUAACUGUUUUAUGUUUAGCUUCUCUAUUUAGUCUUUUACAUUUUUGUUUGCUUAUAUUUACUUAUGAUGUAGGUCAAGUUUGCAGUUUUAUGUACAGUCACUUUCUUGUACACUAUUUAUGUAAUUUGGUACUAUGUUAAAUACUGUAUCUAAUGUUUGUAUAUGUUUACUGCAUUUCUUAAGGAAUUUGGGUCAUGGCUGAAAAGGGUCAUGCUUACUAGCCGAUAAAACUAGUUAACAAAAUACAAUAAAUAAACAAGCAUAUUUGCAGUUUAUCAUACUCUACCAAGUACUUUGGAACAGUUGUA